AUGAUAUCAAAGGUAAUAUGUUUGGCUGCUGUAGUACUUGUGGUGGCCGCACAAGGUGGGCACGAGCAUAAAAUCGCUCAUUCCUCCCAGUAUAUAAAACGCCAUGACGGCCCAGCCCUGAAGGCGUAUAUUAAAGUUCAUAAGGAAGAGCAUCAUGAACAUAAACAUGAGCAUGGACAAGAGCAGAGCCAAGAGCAUAAGGAACAUAGCCAUUGGCAUGAACUGAAACAUGAACAUGGACAUGAACACGGACACUGGCACGAAGAGAAACAUGAGCAUAAUGAACACAAGCAAGAGCAUGGCCACGAACAUUGGCAUGAAGAGAAACACGAGCACGGAGAUGAGCUUGGGCAUGGACACUGGCACGAAGAGAAACAUGAGCAUAUUGAACACAAGCAUGAACAAAGCCACAACCACAAACAUGAACACAAACACGAACCUGCCCAUUCCUCGCAACACAUCUCCAAGCACGACGGACACGCGGAGGAAGUCAUCAUUAAAGACCACCACGGGCAUGAGAAGCACGUCGACUACUACACGCACCCCAAGUAUGAGUUCAAGUACGAGGUCUCGGACAAGCACACGGGCGACCACAAGACGCAGCACGAGCACCGCGACGGCGACGUCGUCAAGGGCUUCUACAGCCUGCACGAGCCCGACGGCUCCAUCAGGGACGUGCACUACCAUAGCGACAAAAAGACUGGCUUCUAUGCUGACGUCAAGCACAGCACCCACCAUAUUGUUCUGUGCCUCGCUACCCUCCUGGCUGUGGCAGCCGCGCACUACGGGCACUCAUCCCAGUACAUCUCUCGCCACGACGGGCCGGCGCACCUCGUGCCCAUCCAUGGACACCAUGGCCAUCAUGAUCAUGACUACUACGCUUACCCCAAAUACGAGUUCGAGUACAAAGUAGACGACCCGCACACCGGCGACCACAAGACGCAGCAUGAGCACCGCGACGGCGAUGUCGUCAAGGGUUUCUACAGCCUGCAUGAGCCUGACGGUUCCAUCAGACAUGUCCAUUAUCAUGGCGACAAACACUCUGGAUUCCACGCUGACGUGAAGCACAGCACCCACCACAUCGUGCCCCACCACCACACCAUUAUUAAAAUAAAUACCAACGACUUUGUUAUGUACUGUUUCUGUUUGUGUUCGACUUUGAUAUGUUUAUACUAAAUAAAAAAUAUGAACUUUU